GGACUAAGAGCUCCUGCGUAUCCAUCACGUUUGUUGUGAUGUUCCGGUCUAGAUAGCCUGCUGGCUAGCUAGCACUGUGGCGUUGGUAGCAACUUGAGAGGAUCUAGCGAGCCUUGUCAGAAUUAGCAAACGGACAGAAUCUUUCAGGUGUUUGGAUCUUUUGAGUGCUCUCUGCUGGUUCUGGCUUCCACCUUGCACCUCGCUGGUCAUCAGACGGGUUCCUGAAAGCAAAAGGCCCAAAUCCCAGCUCUGGGUCUCCUCUGCCGCUGAUUCCUAAGCUUGUAUUGAGUCAGCUGGAGACUCCCAGCUUGACGAGUCAAGAUGUCGUCCAUCUUGCCAUUCACUCCUCCUGUGGUGAAGCGGCUUCUGGGCUGGAAGAAAUCACCUAAUGGACCGGGGGUGGCAGGCAGUGGAGAACAAAAUGGGCAAGAAGAGAAAUGGUGCGAGAAGGCAGUGAAGAGCUUAGUGAAGAAGCUAAAGAAAACAGGCCAGCUAGAUGAACUAGAGAAAGCAAUCACCACACAGAACUGCAACACAAAGUGUGUCACCAUUCCCAGCAAUUGCUCUGAAAUAUGGGGACUGAGUACACCAAAUACGAUAGAACAGUGGGAUACAUCAGGCCUAUACAACUACCCUGACCAAACCAGAUCUCUAGAUGGACGCCUGCAAGUCUCCCACCGGAAAGGGCUUCCUCAUGUCAUCUACUGCCGCUUGUGGCGGUGGCCGGAUCUUCACAGCCACCACGAGUUGCGAGCCAUUGAGGCCUGCGAGUAUGCCUUCCACCUUAAAAAAGAUGAAGUCUGUAUCAACCCGUACCACUACCAGAGAGUGGAGACCCCAGUGCUGCCUGCUGUUCUUGUGCCAAGACAUUCAGAAAUCCUGCCAGACCUGCCGCCUCUGGAUGACUACACUCAUUCCAUACCCGAGAACACAAACUUUCCUGCAGGAAUUGAACCUCCAAACAACUAUAUACCAGAAACGCCCCCACCAGGUUACCUCAGUGAGGAUGGGGAGGCCAGCGAUCAACAGAUGAAUCAAAGUAUGGACACAGGCUCUCCGGCGGAGCUCUCCCCGAGCACGCUGUCCCCCGUCAAUCAUAGCAUGGAUCUGCAGCCGGUGACUUAUUCAGAACCAGCCUUCUGGUGCUCGAUAGCCUACUACGAGCUAAACCAGCGCGUGGGAGAGACCUUCCACGCUUCUCAGCCGUCUCUGACCGUGGAUGGAUUCACAGACCCGUCCAACUCCGAGAGGUUUUGCUUGGGCUUGCUGUCAAACGUCAACAGGAACGCCACGGUGGAGAUGACGCGACGGCACAUAGGAAGAGGAGUUCGACUCUACUAUAUUGGAGGGGAAGUGUUUGCAGAGUGCCUGAGUGAUAGCGCCAUCUUUGUUCAGAGUCCAAACUGCAACCAGCGGUACGGCUGGCAUCCUGCAACUGUCUGUAAAAUCCCACCAGGCUGUAAUCUAAAAAUAUUCAAUAACCAGGAGUUUGCAGCCCUGCUGGCUCAGUCGGUCAACCAGGGCUUUGAGGCGGUCUACCAGCUCACCAGGAUGUGCACCAUCCGAAUGAGCUUCGUCAAAGGCUGGGGAGCGGAAUAUAGGCGACAAACCGUCACAAGCACUCCUUGCUGGAUCGAGCUGCAUUUGAACGGUCCUUUACAGUGGCUGGACAAGGUUCUGACCCAGAUGGGUUCUCCGUCUGCCCGCUGCUCCAGUAUGUCCUGAACAGCUACGGAAACGCCCCCAAAAAGAGCCCAUUAUUACAAAGAUCAUUCGACUUUAAACAUGCGAGUUCUUUCAGAAAGCAAAACCACAAAGAGAACAUUUCUGUUGACUUGCUUCAUAGUAUUUGUGUCCCAGUUCCACGGCCCUCUUUUAGCUUUUCUACGCACACACUUCUCAGUACAGAAUAAUUGGCACUUUGUUACCCAUGUUUAUGUCAUGCACCUUGUUGAAUUGCUUUGCCCCAAAUCCUUAAUAUUAGAUCUAUUUGUGGUACAAAAUACAAAUGUAUAUUGGUUUUUAGUGGGGGAUGUAGGGGGGAAAUACCAAAAAUAUCUGUGAAUAGUUUCUCAGUGUUUGAAAAUUGCUUGUAAAACUAUCAUGAGCUCCAACGCUUCCAUGACUUUUGUUCCAGUCCACCACCGCUAUUGUUCUGAGCCCAAGUUUACUUUUUUCUAGGAAACUGGGCCCUGUCGUUUGUUGAGAAAGAAAAUGGUGGCUGUUCUUCCUCUGCAGGAAAUCCCACAAUAUGUUUAUGAAAUUUGAUUCAAUUGACUUCACCACGAUUUAAGAAAAAAACCUCCACAUGCGUGUCGUUCUAAGACAUGCUUCCAUGUGGACAAAUAGGAAUGUUGGUAAUUAUUUCCUCAAUGCUGAAAGAGCAGUCCUCAUUUGAGUUUGUUUUUGUGACUUUACGGCACUCCCCACCCUCAGCGUUUCCCCGUCGGAUGGAGCUGACGGUGAAGACGGCGGCCAGCUUUAGCUCGGCACACAGACUGGGCAGGGACCAGAGAAAUCAGCAAAUAUCUCUUCUCAUUCUGUUUUCUUUUGUUCCUCUUACCGUGACACUGGGAGCACUGAGGCUCUCCAAGGUGAAGCUUUAGUUGUCUCACCGAGAGACGUUUGAAGGUAUCACUGAAUCCAUUCUGUUCUCAGCCUGUAUCCACAUUGUUUUGCUACUUUUUUAUAUUCUCAUGUAUUUUUAUAUAUAUAAAUAUACCUAAAAUUUCCUGUCAUUCACUUCUUAUUCAACCAUCAUCAAGUAACUUGGAGAUCAUUCCUACAUUUUAUCCCAAAUUUCAAUUCUUGAACGCAUUUUCUAAAACUGCCCGACAUGAUGUGUAGCCUUAUCAAACAUUUCUUUCCCCAAAGAAAUCCACCAAUUUUGACUGAAACUUUGAGUUACUGAAGUGGUUUGGAGAGCUUUGCCUGGAAGUGUUAGCAGAGCCCCGUCGUUCAUCUCUUUUUGCACAUCAGACCUCUUGUAUCUUUUUUGGUGCUUUUGUCGAGCAUUUUAUUUUUUUCAAACUCAUCCAGACUUAAUUUGCUUUAAAAUGGCAGGAGAUUGAAUGUGCCUGCACACUGGGACACCCUGUGUUAAUGUGUGUAUCGUCUUUGUUCGGUCUCUAUAAAGUACAGUAUGUACAACAGAACUUACUACCUUAAAGUCAUUCUUUUUGCUGUUGCAGGUUUAACAUGUAUCCUUGCACCCCCUCCAUUUGGCACUAGAGAUUGUACUUGAAGUGCACCUAGUGGGGUUUGACUUUGGGGGGACUGAAUGAUGUGUUAGGGUCAAGUGUUACAUCGUUUUUAGUCUUUGGCCUACAACAUAUGAAUGUGAAAAAAAUAUACAUUAUAAAAACUGAUGUGGACCAGACAUGCAUAUGCAUAACAGUAGUUCAUUAUAUGUGUAUUUAACAGUAACCUUUUUGCAAAGCAGUCAGUGCAGUAGAUGUUGCAUUUGUUUUACCAGUAGAGGGCGGAAUUGAUAGAGCAGUUCUUUGUUUAGUUUUGGGUUUUUUCUGACCAUAAGCUUCUCAGGCGUGUGGCAUAUUAUGCAGACUUCAUAAAACACUAAUAAAGAUUUUUAUUCUCAUGA